AUGGCGCCGCCCUUCUGGAUCAUCCGCAACUCAUGGGGCCCGGAGUGGGGCGACGGCGGGCACAUGCGGAUGGACAUCCAGGGGGGCGACGGCGUGUGUGGGAUCAACACGCUGCCUGGGAUCUACCCGGUGGUGCGCGCUGCCAGGGACCCCUGCAACGUCAACGGCACCAGCAGUGGGGUGUUUGGGCCGCUCUUCAAUCCCUGUGGCAACUUCACGUGCACGCCCACAUCUGAUGGGGCCAGCAACCGGUGUGAUUGCAACGACCCGCGAUUCGUGGAGGCACUUCAACCGGACAACUCGCGCACCUGUGCUUACAGUGAGCUCUCCCCUGUGCUUACAGUGAGCUCUCUCCCCCGUGCUUACAGUUUGCGAUCUCUCCUGCACUUCCUCGUGAUCUGGACACAAUCUCCCCGUCGCCUCACCCACCAACCUCACAUUGCUCCUCCAUCCCAUCCCGCCCUAUCUGCCACCCCCGGUCCCCUCCAGGGUCUGAGCUGCAGCACUCCUCUCGUGGUCGGAACGGUGGUGAACGUGGUCCAGCCACCCGACCUCACGCCCUGCUCCGUCUACUACACCACGUCCCAGGGUGACACAUGUGAGUCGCUAGCCACCUACUUCUCCCUCACCGUUGGCUGCCCAACUCCCACCGAGCCCUGUGCAGCAGCCUUCCAGGCGCUCAACCCCGGGCUGGACUGCUCCAGCAGCAGCGGCGAGCUGCCGGGCAGCCAGGCGGUGUGUGUGGAGCGGCGGGCGGAGAGCGCAGCGGCGCUGCUCAUCCCGGUGUGCUCGCAGUUCUAUCUGGUGCAGGCCGGGGAGACGUGCGACCAGAUCCGCUCCGUGCCCUCCCCGCCGCUCUCCCCAAUUGACUUCUUCCGCCUCAAUCCCGGCAUCAAGUGCAGCCGCCUCGUGCCCAAGACUGACGUUGGCAACCUCACACUUCGAGGUCUGGUCUCCUCUUUGUCCACACUACCCUCUCGCUUCUCCUCAACUCGCCUGCAUUCUCUCCUCCCAUUACGCGGCCCUCUUUUCCUCAUUCUACCUCACACACCAUUUCACACCUGCCUCUCUCACCCCCUCUACUCCCACUCUCCACCCUCUCCCCACUCCCCCCUACUCAUACCUGAUUCACACGGCAAGUGCAGGCGCGCAUAG